AUGGUAAAUCCGAACCAUCCUCAAAAUGUGACCGUCUACCGACGUGCUGGAUUAACUCCUGAAAUGAUUCAAGAAUACAAUGCUAAUGUUGGUAAUCAAGUUAAAUGGCUAGGAUUUUCGUCAACAAGUCGCAACCGUAACAAAUUCACUACUGGCAAUACAUUGUUCAUCAUUGAUAUAAAAAAGCCUUGUUCACUUGAUGCUGGUGUUGAUAUUGCCGAUUUAUCUGUUUAUCCAGAAGAGAGUGAAGUACUGCUACCAGCUGGUGGUCGAUUUAAGAUUGAGAGGGUUGAAUACGACUCGGUCACAAAUAUUCAUGAAAUUAAUCUCACUAUUUUCUAG